AUUGGUAUUCACUCGUUGAUGCCAAGACUUCCUCAACGAACGCCCCCUGACUUGGGAAAAACCACCUUAAAUUUCUUGCUAAGGAGUCGUUCAUCAUCCAUUUAGACAUGGCCUUGAGCUUAUCAUGCUGCACCUCACUCUACAUCCAUAACCAAGUGAGAUUGAGUAAUCAUGUCAACAUCAAAAACAACCUUAAAAUUGUCAAAAACCUCGUACACUCAGCUGGUGUUCCUUCAAUUGCAAUACCACCUCAAGAAUCCCUUCAAAAGGGCAACUGGGUCAAGCUCAUUUGUGGCGCCAGCUUUGAGGAUGUUGUUGACAUAAGGAAUCUGUCUUUAGUUUAUACUCUUGCUGGAGUUGAUUGUAUUGAUUGUGCCGCGGAUGCGUCCGUUGUGAGUGCGGUUAAUGAAGGAAUUGAAGCAGCAAUGAACAUAGUACCGAUUCGCCGGCCAUGGGUUAUGAUUAGUGUUAAUGAUGAUGAAGACCUCCAUUUUCGGAAAGCUGCCUUUGAUCCAUUGGAUUGUCCACUUGAUUGCUCAAGACCAUGCGAGGCAGUUUGUCCUGCCAAUGCUAUUGUAUUAAACAAAGGGGAUUCCUUGGAGGGAGGAGUGAUUAAUGAGCGGUGCUAUGGGUGUGGACGUUGCCUUCCUGUAUGCCCAUACGAUAAAAUAAAUGCAGUUACGUACUUGAGAGAUGCUGUUACUACCGCUCAACUAGUCAGAAGAAAUGAUGUUGAUGCUAUUGAAAUCCACACAAAUGGAAGGCAGACUGAUUCCUUUGAAGAAUUCUGGAGUGGAAUGGGAGAUUCUGUUAGCAACCUCAGAUUAGUGGCAAUAAGCGUACCAGAUGUGGGUAAAGCAACGACAACUGUAAUGAACACGAUGUUCUCAAUCAUGAGACCAAAUCUAAGUUGUUACAAUCUGUGGCAGUUAGAUGGACGCCCAAUGAGCGGAGACAUUGGACGAGGGGCCACCAGGGAAGUACUUGCCUUUGCUGUUCAUUUGGCAGCUACAGAGGAUAGACCCCCUGGAUUUCUUCAAUUGGCUGGUGGCACAAAUGCUCAGACAGUAAAAGGGUUGAAGGAACACGGACUUUUUCAAACCAGGAGGAACCCGGACGAUGGGAUCUUGACCGGAGAAAUAUCUAAUUCAUGCAAUUCUUUAAUCGGCGGUAUAGCAUAUGGUGGCUAUGCUAGGAAGAUUGUUGGAAGGAUAUUGAGAUCCAUGCAAUCACAGCAUGGACUUGCUUAUAUUGAGGAUUGUCCCGCGUAUCUAAGUGAGGCACUUAGAGAAGCCCUUGCUCUGGUUGGAUCAGUUAAAUGCUAUGUUCACCCUGGCAUCCAUCAGGAAUAAUCAAGUUCAUCAAGCUGCUAUUGUCACCUUUGCUUUGGUUUAAGCGUGGGAAACUAUGAUCCUUGGAAUUGGAUAUGAGUAAUCAGACUAAGGUAUGGUAUCAGAAUCUGAGAUGGGAAAUUUUUAUCUCGAAGGUACUAAAAUGAAUCUUUGUUAUACAUGUUGGUAACUCAUUUCUCCUCGAAAAUACUAACAGGAUGAACAAAAGUUUUCUGCAGGAUUGACUGUGUCUUGAGACUUUUUUUCUUUCUGGGUUGUAUCUUUUGUAUGAGAAUAUUGAUUAUCUGCAGUUGGAUUAUGUAAUCAGAUCAUAGUUUAGAAUAAACUUGAAAUUGAAGUGGCUAA